AUGGCUACCCCUAGUGUCCUCGCUUUUGACGCUGAGGGUCGAGCCAUUGACUUUGACGUCUGGGUCGAUGACCUGCAGUUGUUCUUACACUGCGAUAGGGCAGACGGCCUCUCUCUCUUUGACCUCACCUCUGGCGCCUCUCCUGCCCCUGCUGCUGAUGCUGACGCCACUGUUCGCUCCCAGUGGGCCACGCGCGACGCUGCUGCACGUCUUGCUGUGCGUCGCCACCUCCCUACCUCUGAGCGUGCGCACUUUAGUCAGUACAAGAGUGCUCAGACCUUGUACGACGCUGUAGUUGCAUGCUACUCCUCCCCUGCUACUGCUGCACUGAGCCGUCUCAUGCUACAGUACCUCUUCCCUGACCUUGCUGCCUUUCCCACAGUAGCUGACCUCAUUACGCACCUCCGCACUAGUGACACUCGCUACCGCGCUGCGCUUCCUGCUGACUUCUGCGCCAAGAACCCCCCCCCCAUGUACAUCACUCUCUACUACAUAGUCACUCGCCUCCCUGACUCCCUUCGUGUAGUCAGGGACCACUUCCUCUCAGUCUGUCCCACCACUCUCACUGUUGACCUCCUCGAAAAGGCCCUCCUAGCGAUAGAGAAGAGCAUAGUCGCUAUAGGAGCCUCUCGAGGUGACCCGCGCACCCCCAUCUUUGAGGGGUGUUCCCCCUCCCCCCUUCUACCCUCUGUUGCCUCUGCUGCUGCGGCCGACCUCCUUGGGGCACUGGAGGAGCGAGCGGGGGCGGUGGAGGUGGAGGUGGAGGCGGCGGGGGGAGUGGGGGUGGCGGUGGGAGUGGAGGUGGGAGUGGAGGGGUCGGUGGCGGCAGUGGAGGCGGAGGCAGCGGCGGCGGUGGCGGUGGGAGCGGAGGUGGCGGAGGUGGAGGCGGUGGAGGAGGCGGCGGAGGCGGCGGCAGUAGCGGAGGCGGCAGAGGCGGCGAAGGCGGCGGGGGUGGCGGUGGAGCUGGUCACGGGUCUUCUCAGAGGAGUGGCUCCGGUGGUGGCUCGCGCCAGCAGCAGCAGCGCGGUCGUGAGACCCUGUCCCCUCAGCAGCUCCGUAAGUGGUACACUGCACGCCAGCGGGGUGGGGGUUUUGGUCCGUGCACCUACGUCCUGCGCACCGGCGACCGUGCGGGUGAGCAGUGUGGGGGUGCGCACCCCACCCAGCGCUGCUUUGGCCGCCUGA